GGACGCCCACUUAAAAGCUAGUUUCCGGGGGGCGGGGCGUUCCGGUGUUGGCAUGGCAGCUGCCGAGCAGCCACUAUGGCGCGCUCUCUCCGGGCUCUGCGUCUGUCUCGGCCGUCCUCCCGCUCUCCCCCGCACCCCGGCUGGCUGCGCGGAGCUGCUGCAAGCGCUGGUUACCUGGGCAACGCCGGGUCCGGAGCCCGGGGCUCAGAAGCAGGUUCCGGCCAGAGCGGCGGCGGCGCUCCGGGCCUCUCUCCUGCUCCUGAAGGCUGUGAGUGAAGCGUCGCCUGGCGGUCACGUGACCCGCGCUGGAUCCGCGAAGGCGGAGCAAGUAGUGAAGGCAGAGAACGCAGAGGAGUCUGGGAAACUGCUAUUGGAGGGUGUGUGUGAAGGAGAGGGCCCCAAAUCCACAGAAGAGGACCGGUGUGAUCCUAUCUUACAAGGAAAGGGUGAAGAGGCACUUUUAUCAUUGGCGGAGCUUGAUGUGGCCCCUGAAUCAUCAGAAAAUAAAGGGGCCCCUAAUUCAAAGACUGCACCUGACUUGGAGCCAGUGUCCAGCUCUGGUAUAAUAGACCCUCAGUGUGUUUUGCACUGCGCCACCGCUCCGCUGCUGCUCCUGUGUGGGGCCCAUAUUCCGGACACACCAUGGAGCAACGCACAGUCCCGCUGUCUGGCCAAUCAGCUGCUGCGAUCCCUCCUGGAGGUGUCACGCUGUACGUCAUUGGCCGAACUGCUCAAAGGGCGCCAGGAGCAGCCGUUCACCACCUUCAGGGAGGCCCUGGGGCUGCUGGGACCCCGGCUCCGCAAAGACACAUGGGAGUCGCACCCAGAAGCCAGGCUGGUCUUCUCCUGGAUGCUGCUGCAGGUGCCCCGGCCAUGGCUUUCUGACUUUCUAAGUAGGGUGAUGCCCCCGUCGCUCCUCUUCUCCGAUGACCACAAGCUGGAGAACAAGGUGCUUGGCAUACACUGCCUGCAUCAUAUCAUCAAGAAUGUGCCGGCGGCAGAGCUGAGGCAGUAUAACCGGGCCCUGGUCGUGUAUCACGCCCUUCGUAACCACCUCUACAUUACAGAGGCUGAAAUCCUUGAGGUGGUCCUUCCCUGCUUGAGGGAUCUGUUCCCUGUCCUCCACAAGCCACCAGCGGCAGUGGGCGCGUACCAAAAGGACGCAGAGAAUCCUUCAGACCAAGUCAUGCAGCUGGUUCUUACCCACAUGGAGAUGGCGCACAGGAUUGCUCUGCGUAGACUGUAUGCGCGCAACCUGCCGGCUCUUCAGGACAGGCUUGGAGUGGGGAUUGCCCGUCACAUGAAGAGGCUGCUGCGUGUCAUAGUUGGGUAUCUGGAGGUUUAUGAUGGGCCAGAAGAAACUGCUCGCCUCUGCAUCCUGGAAACCUUACAAGGAACCAUCAAAUAUGCAUGGCCGAGGAUCCCUCCGAGGCUGCCUCUACUCUUAAAAUCGCUUAUAAAACUGAUAUAUGAGCUUUCUUCUGAGUCCAAUCAGAAUUCUGGGCCUGUGACCGAAGCUUUACUCAAUGGAGCUACUGAAUGCCUGCUGCUUCUAGACAACUGCUCCAAAGGGCAAGUCAGAACUGCCCUGCAAGGCAUUCCCUCCGUGUGCAUUGAGCCUCUUCUACUGAAGUGUGUCACCAGAGUGCUGGAGAAUACCUGAAGGCACCAGCAGUGGGACCAAAUAAUGUAGCAACACAAUGAUCUGCUUCUACAGGCACUGGUUAAACUGGUUGUACCUAGAUUUAAACUCAUCUCCACCUUAUCCCCUUGUGAUCAGUAAGAGGUCCCAGCAGUUGGCCACACCCUGUCUAUUCUGUG